UAAUAACAGAUGUACAUACUGUGGAGGAAAUGAGGCCGACUUAUCCCACCUCUUCUUGAGUUGCCCGACUUUUAAAUUUCAACGUUUAAUACUAGUAACAGAUAUUAUGAAAUUGAUGGAUUUUGAUGAGAAUAAUCAAACUAAACAUGGAAAUUCUUUAGCAAAUAACCCGACAAGAUCAGCUUUAGACUCAUUACUCAAUGCAAAUGGUAGUCAUCAAUGUCAACAUUGUCAACCAUCACAAAAAGAAAUUCCCCGCCGUGUCCAAGAUUUACUGAAAUGUCCAGUUUUAUUUAAAUCUAUUUACUAUUAUAUAAAAAACACGGUUGAGAAAAUUUAAAGCUCAUCCUUGUUUUAAAUAAUUUGAUUGUAUUUAAUGUUAAGUUAGUAUAGUUAUUUGUGUAAGAUAUUUUGUUAUACCUUUAUUUUAAAGUGCCAAUGGACUUUGUAUCCGGCUAAUAAAUAAAUUAAAAAAAAAAAAAAAAAAUUGUUUGGUUGCGCGUUCAUAACCUCAAACUGUCGGCUAUUUGGCGGAAUUUUAAUUUUCUUUACUUGCUAAAAACUUUGAUAGUUAGAUUAAAUUGACGUAAAAGUGAUAGAUAGUAGGUGUGUUAUUUAAAAUUAGUGUGAUUGCUCAUGAUAAAACUUCACAGUUUGUUGUUUAAGCACAUGUUUUCUUUGAAGAUACCGAUUAUUGUCUUGAUAAAAUACGGAUAUAAUUUAAUUUCGCUACUGUGUAAAUAUUUUGUAGCUUAGAGUUUAAAUAUAACUAAUUUUUAAAUUAAGAUUUGUAAUAAAGUAAGUUAAGUUAGUGUAGAUGUUUAAAACAGCAUUGAAUAAAGUAAAAAGUUUUGAUAACAAUAUAAUUUAUUAUCAGUUCUUGAUUCGUCUCCAUUUCAGAAAACAUUUUGUCAUGGAAGGCGUAAAUAAAUUAAAAAUCGAAAACGAUUUAGCCAUCCACGUGCUACCUGCCAAAAAAAUGAAAAUCACCAGUGAAAUAAAGAUUAUUAAACAAAGAACUGUCGGAACAAUGUGUGGAGCUUGGAGGCCUGAUGAAGAAUAUGGAGGUCUUGUGCUAGUUUUUCCGAAGAGGGAAUUGUGCUUGAGCCCGGAUCCACCAGAGGAGAAGGACUUGCCGGAGAACAUUGCAGAUUUUUGGGAGGAGAUUCCGUCGUCGAGCAGCGAUGAUCAGGGAGAAAAAGACAACGGCAAGAAUAUAAUCUUAUCUUGCGAGAAGAGGAAAGCAGAUGAUAGCGAAAUCAACAAAGACUUAAAAAAGGCUAAAUUAGAAACGAAGGCUUUAAAAGCAAAGAGGCCCGGCUUCACGGACGACAGAUACAACGAGACAUCAUAUUACAUGGAAAACGGUCUUAGAAAAGUCUACCCGUACUAUUUCACGUUCACGACCUUCACGAAAGGGAGAUGGGUCGGGGAGAAGAUCCUGGAUGUCUUCGCGAGAGAGUUCAGAGCGCACCCUGCAGCGGAGUACGAAAGGUGCAUCAGGGCCGGUACCCUCACGGUCAACUACGAGAGGGUUGACCCUGAUUACAGACUCAAACACAACGACCUUCUAGCGAACGUAGUGCACAGGCACGAAGUACCGGUCACCAGCCAACCCAUCACCCUCGUUCAUAUCGACGAGGACAUUGUGGUUGUCAACAAACCGGCCUCUAUCCCCGUGCAUCCAUGCGGUCGCUACAGACACAAUACCGUUGUUUUUAUCCUCGCGAAGGAAUACAACUUGAAGAACCUGAGGACCAUCCACAGACUGGACAGGCUCACGUCAGGACUUCUUCUGUUCGGGAGGAGUCCGAAGAAAGCUAGACAGAUGGAGCACCAGAUUAGGAACCGACAAGUCCAGAAGGAAUACGUCUGCAGGGUCGACGGAGAAUUUCCUGACGAGGAAAUAGAAUGUCAAGAGCCGAUAGAAGUGGUCAGCUACAAAAUAGGCGUGUGCAAGGUGUCUCCGAAAGGCAAGGACUGCUCGACUGUGUUCAAGCGACUUGGCUUCAACCAGGCGAACAACACUAGCGUGGUGCUCUGCCGCCCGAAGACCGGUAGAAUGCACCAGAUCAGAGUUCACCUGCAGUACCUUGGUUACCCGGUAGUAAACGAUCCCCUGUACAACCACCCUGUGUUCGGUCCACUGCGCGGUAAGGGCGGCGACACCGGCGGCAAAACUGACGAGCAACUAGUCCGGGAUCUGAUCGCCAUCCACAACGCCGAGAACUGGCUCGGUGUUGAUGCUGCUGAUGACGAUUUGCUGUUCUCAAAGCCGGCGCCUGAUGAUAAAGUUGGCGAAGACGACUGCGACACAGGACCCGCUUCCAGGGAGUCUUCACCGAGAUUAGAUUCGCCAGCGCCCGGAGUGACAGCCUCUACCGUCAUGACUCCAACUCUAGCGAGUCCGUCGAGCGGCGCUGAGGCCCCGGCGGAGGAGUCACCUCGCGCGCCACCCUCUCCCACCCCCCUCGCGACGCUCCCUAUCAAUGAAGACUCUAACGAUGCCAAGUCAGACAAGGUGACGGUGGCGACGCAGACGGGCUGCGCGGAGACCGCAACGAGCGCGGCGGGCGCGGCUGAGGUCAUCGACCCGCACUGCUACGAGUGCCGCGUGCGGUACCGCGACCCGCGCCCGCGCGACCUCGUCAUGUACCUACACGCCUGGAAGUACAAGGGCCCGGGCUGGGAAUACGAGACGGAGCUGCCGCAGUGGGCGAGCCUAGACUGGGACGAGCCAGAGAACUCAUAGUCCCGCGCCGCGACGCCGCCCCCUCCACAUCUCUAGACCAUUCAAAUGAACUUCAAGACCAAAUUGUAAACAUUAUAAUUAUAGGACUUCCGUAUGUAGUAGCUUAUAUAUAGAUAUUGAUGGUGAAUUAUUAUUAACAAUUAAGAUUUUUUGUUUGUUUGUUAAAAACAUUGUAUCUGAUCGUGUUGAAGUUUAAAUAAAAAAAAAAGGUCGAUAAUCUAAACUCACAGGUGUCAUUUCAGUAUUCCGCUGAGUUAUAUUGAAAAGUGAGGUUUUUAGUGUAAGAAAAAAACACAUUUUCACUGAUGCCUUUGUUUGAAAAACAUUUUUGUGUUAAAAUUGUUUUUUUUAUGUAUAACAUAUGUUACGACUCGCAACUUGUUGGAGAUCGGGUAUUAGAGAAAUCUAAUCUUACAAUUUCGAUUUUGUAACGUCGUCUCUGUCGCACAACGGAAAAUCUCUCGUGCGCGACAGAGAUGAAGCUCUACAGAUCUGGAAUUUUCGACUUUGGUUGCAGCCGAAAACUUCUUAAACUAAUAUUUGGAUUGGAUUUCAGUUCCUAUUGGCUUAGAAUAAUUCUCAGCUCGUUUCGAAACAUAAUUAUUAUACGGAGGGGUAAAAUUUAGCGUGUUUUUUUUUAAUGGUCAAUACUAUUAAAAAUAUAUCGAUCAUUCUACUGAGGCAGGGUUAUUAUUGGUAUCACACGUCAAAUUAAAGUUAAAAGGUUUUGAGAUUUCUCACGAUUAGCUAUUCAGAGUCAAAGUAAAUUCGAUAUAUAUAUAUAUAAUAACCGCUUUAGUUUGUGCUGUGAUUAAUACACGUGUAUUUUAUUACCAAAAAUCAAAUAAAAACAAUGCGAAAUUACUAAUUUGUAUAGGACGCUAAAUCUGGGAAAAAUUAGGGUGUCCAUGAUAAUAUGCGGAACAUAAUUUAAAAGUGCGAUUUUAAAAUAAAUUAUUAUUGAGAAAAAAAAACAAUUCUAAAUUCUGAAUUCUCAUUUCGAACAUAUUACCUUACUUACUUACUUACAUAUUGUCUCUGAAUAAUUUUUUCAAAGUAAAUGUUAAAAUUGAAAAUACUUUUUUUCUUCUUUACAUACAUAUUAUUAUGUAAUCGUUAUGUCGAUACUGUCUCCCAAUUAAGUCAAUUCUCGAUCAACAAAAGAUCGAUGUUUAAGAAUAGACAUUUUCGCUAAUUUCUAUCAAUAAAUCUUAUUAAUUAUUGUAAUAGUAAUGAUAAUUUGCUUCAAUCACCGUAUAAUAAUAUCUUUACUGUCCUCCCGAACUUCUAAUCCUAAUCAUUAGAGCACGUCCUUAUGUUUCAGUUACUGAAAUAUCGAUAAGUCGAAAUUCGAUAAUUAAUUUAAAAUAUAUUUUCUCCCUUUUAACAUUUUUAUUGGACGGCUUGUGACCGCGUUAUUCAACUUAAUUGAGUUUCCGAUAUUUCAGCGCCAUAUUUUCUCGUGAACAAGUAGAGCCAUUAACGAACACAUUACGGUUUUCUAAAAUACGUAUAUGUAGUUAUUAGUUGAAUUAUAUUCGAAUUUUAUACCAUAACUAUUCGCAGUAUUGCAGGAAAACGAUCUAUUAGAUUUGAUUAUUUUUAUUUUAUAGUGUAACUGAUGCGUGUUUUUGAAAAGAAUUACAGAAUGAGAAGACCCAUUCUUGCUUAGAGUACAUCUAAUUUCGUAUCGAAUUAAAGAAUACAUAUGUAUGUUACCAUUUACCUCCCUAAGGUCUGUCGAUGUUGAAGACGAUACAAAAACGAUUCAUCACAAGCAUUGUUUUUCGAUAUUAUUUUAGAAAUUAUGCGUAAAAUUAUGGACACCCAAGUUUUCCGCGCGUUCAAUAAAGUAACAAGCGUAAAGUAAUUCUGGAAAAAGAUAGAUGUUAUAAUUUGACCUUUGCUUUUUGUUUGAUAGUUUAUUUAAAUAAAUCUUUCAUGUUUUAUAUCUGUUUUUUUUUGUCGAUAAUUUUGAUUAGGUAUUGUUAUUGUUUUAUAUUUUUGGUAAUAAAAUAUAGUUGGCAACACAAAAAAAACGAAUGUAAAGAAAUUCGAAACAACAAAAUUCAAAUGUACGCGAGUUUGAAACAUGAAAAUAGAAAUUACAAUAAUUAGCUUCCGAAAAAUCAAUUAAAAUAAAUUUAGUUUCAUGUUUACUAAUCUUAACGAGAUGCAUUUAUUUUGUUUCGAUAUUCACAUAAAAGACACGACGAAGCGACGACUUCGUUUAACUUCUGACAAUGUCAAACGCGUUAACCACGGCAUUGCCAAUUGUCACGAAAUAAUAUACAUAGAUAUAUACAAAUACGUUGGACUGCUGUCUGCUUAAAAAAGCUAAGUUUAAAUCGUUUUUAAUUCUGUCAUUUGACUACAAUAAGAUCGCCCAAGCAGCAGAAUCUAAAGACAUUUUAUUCUUUCUUAAGUUUUGAGUGUGUAGGAUUAAGUUUUCAUAUAAAAAUAUUGUUGUUUUUUGUUAUUCUUCGUUAGCUGCUAACGAGACGCCGGCACGUCGACCCUGUAAACUUUCUAGUAUUAAAAACGUAAAAGACAACAUGAUCUGUGACAGUUUCCAAGAGCUUUCAAAUUAGUUUCAUAAUAUAUUUAGUACAUACAUAACAUUGUUAUGAUAUUAUAUAUAUAUUAUAUUAUAUAAACAUAUACAUAUUUUUCUUACUUGUAGCUUAGUGUAGUAGACAAUUAUUGCUUGAUUAGUAUCAUGUUUUGUAAUUGAAAUGUGAAUUUCGAAAAAAAUCACAUUUUAUAUAGAUUGUUUGUUCUUUUCUUUCGCCGAUACUAUAUGUCGCUGUUAGUUGUUACUAUAUUAAUAAUAAAAAUAAAAAUAAUAAUAAUAAUAAUAUUUAUUAAGAUUUUUGACUAUUUACAUGACUUUAAUUGAAAUGUAAAAAUAACAGAUGGACGUGUAUAAUUUACAUUAUACUUUUUAUAGGUUCAGUCGAGAUAUCAUCAUAAUUUGGGAACAAAAUUACGUAAUAAAAAUGAAGAAGAAACAAAAAAAACAUUUCAAACACCAAACCGAAAUCUCUUUUACACAUCCGAAAAUGUUAUACCUACAUAAUAUUAAAAUGAAUGUUAACAAAUGUUAGUUACGUGGUUUGUAUAAAGUAUAACAGUGGCAUAUCAGAACCACGGAAAUUCUUUGGUCGGGUUCGAUGCGAUUUCGUACAUUACGGUGAAAGAAUGUUGUAUUUUUAUAUAGUUAGUAAGGUAAUUGUUCGUAACGUGUGUCAGAAUGUGUCCUACCUGAUAGUGAGCGCGAGUCACAGCUCUCCUUGAAACGCUGGCCGAAUCUAUGAGGUUCAAUAGAGAAGAACAAUCUUAAGUUCCACACGUAAGGUAUGUUAGUCUGGCGUAAAUAAAAUUAUAUUUAAACGCGCGAAACGUUUUGUCUGUUUGUGUUCAUUGAUAAAUAAAGGGAAUCAAAGCGAUUUUACAAACAAAAAAACGUGUGGCACUCGGGAACUGCCGCGGUAAAGCUAUCGCAUAGCAUUUUUUAUCAACUUAUGCAAUUAUAAUUAGACAAUGAUAAUUUAAUAUUAAAACAAUAAUAAAACAAGACCACGCUAUAUUAAUAAAACAUUAAUAAAAGCAAAACCUUAACUGUCCCCUUCACACUCAUAAGCUAGACCGCGCGAGAGAGAGAUGAGCAGACUUUUCAUGAUGCGCAUACAGUGCGACGUCACGCCACGCGCUUAUUCACAAACACUACACAAGCGCAACGUGUGAAUGUGUUGAACAUGAGCUACAUAGUAGGCGGAGUGAGGGGUGUAAGGUUUUUUUCGUUACGGAAUUUCAUGAUUCGGUCGCCGCGCUCAAGGCCCGAGAUAAAAUCUAUGCAAUAGCUUAAAAAAUGUGAAGUCUGAGGAGUAAGGUCACUUCGACGCUGAGCCAAAAGUUAAAGAACAUAUUUAUCGCCUUAAUUCCUUUUAUUGUAUAGAAUAUUCAAUUUUCGUAUGCUUUUUUUUGUGUUUCAAAUACGGCGACCGUCGCCUCCAAUUGAUAACGAUAGCUUUGACAGAUAGCAAUUUUGAAUAGGCGAUUACAGUACCGUUUUAUAAUAACUGACUAUUCAACUUCUUCUUGCAUUUUCAUUAAUUCCAUUAGAUCCAAAUAUAUAAUGAUUAAUGUCUAAAUAAAACAAAAUGGCCGCCGUACAUCGCCCUAUCAAAAUUCAUUUAUGUAUAAGAUUGAAAAAAAAAGAUCAUGUGCCUUCACAGAACGUAAAAUGAUGGAGAAAUUGAAUAACGAUUGAAAUGUUGAGAUUUCGUUACAUUUAAAAUUUGUUAAAAUGUUUGUAAAGUUAGGUAGUGAUUGUCUGACGGAGCUUUGUAAUGGUAAGCGGGGUUAGAGAAGCAUUUCUAUAGUUUUACCGUUCAUACAUGUAAUGAUUAUUUAUUAUACAUAUAAUAUUUUUGGAAAUAUGAAGUGAAAAAUUACCGUCUACCCGAACUUUAAUAAUAAAUUGUAGUCAAGAACCAAGGAUUUUCGAAUUUAUACGUUAUCUAUUUAUUGUAUGACACACAAAAAAUAAUUAAAACAAAAUAUAAACACAAGGAAUAAAAUGUGAUUAUUUUAUUACAGACAUUUGAAGGUUGUAGCAAGUCAAAUAAGAUACGAGUUUUCUCCGGUUUUCGUGAAAUAUAAUUAAAGGUGGAAUUGAUAAAGAUGGAUUUAAUCUCGCUUUUUUUACUGCCGACCACUGUCGUCUGUUUUUUUGUUCCCCUAGUCUAAGAGGCCGGUAGUCUAAGAGGCUAUUCCAGCUCCGCCCGGGCGGAUAGGUGAGCUCACGGGCUCAACCUGAGAGAAUUUAAUUCGCUAAAUCUAACACCGGAUCGGAAUCGCGACCCACAGAGAACAUCCGGCGAAAAACUCAGUGGGCUUAUCGUUCGUGAAAAAACUCUGACGUAUUGAUAACAUUAAAACACAGAUCAUCCCAACACAGAUUAUCUGUGCAUUAAAAUUAAUAUAUGGACAAUAAAAACACGAGAUUAAACCAUAAUAGUUAUCUUAAUUAAGAUAUUAGUUGUUCGGAAUCAUAUAAUAGAAAAAAACAAAUGUCAUUUUACAAUAAUAUAUCUACAAAAACAUAUAUUUUAAAUUUUUCUAACCUCGCUCCACAGAGCUCUAAUUAGGCAAACAAUGACAAGUCGCUUUUAAAAAAAAAUGCAUUGUUUUUUAAAGUAAAAAUUGUUUUUGUUUUUUUUUAUACUAAUAAGUGUUCGGAUUGUGAAUACCGUAUUUUAGUGCCAUAAAUGGCUUGUUUUUAUUGCUUCAAGGCCUGUAUUGAUGACGCGCGACUGCUGAAAUAAAAUGUAACAAGGGACCGGCUCCAAAUGGUAAUUGUUUUUUUUUUUAAAUCAGUUUUCUAGGCGAAGGAAUCAAAGAUAAACGUCACCAAUAUCACCGUUGUUACUGCGUUGGCAUCGGCGGUGAUAGCUGUCUUUGAGUGCUAACUCUUCUGUCAGAGUUAGACAAGAAAAGUAACCAUGAUUUAACACCAACAUUAAUAAAAGAAUUUACAUUGAGAAAGUCGUGAUUCCUAACAAGUCGCGUGCGCUUAUGUCACUGCGACUUUUCAGUCGCAAUCGCAUGACAAAAUAUGAAUAUAGGCCUUAAGCUAGAACAUCAAAACAUAUUUUGUUUUGUUCAAAUUUCGUUGUCAUUUCAAAACACAUAUGAUUUGAAAUUAUACGAUGUAAUUGUUUUAUUUAAUAAGGUUCUAUAUUAUAUCAUAUAAUUAAGAAUAUGGUAGUGUUUCCUUCUUUAGAUCCAUGUUAAAAUAAUUCAUGUUUCCACUUAUAUUUAAUUAAUGAAUUAGAAUAAAAAUUCAUCAUUGGA